UCCUCGCCUCCUCCCCCUCCACCUCGCCGGAGCACGCCCCCCUCGCCGUCGCGCACACCCGCCUCCCUCGCCCAGUCCCCCCCUCCUCACCGCCCUUUCCACCUCCAAGUGUUCCCCAUAUUUCUCCCCGCGCUCACUCGCCGCGUGGAUCGCCUCGGCCCCCUUUUCCCCCUCCCCGGCGGAGCGGCCAGGAGCCGGUUCCUGGGGGCAGGCGGCGGGCGGAUGUUCGCGUCCCGGACGGAGAUGGAGAGGCCGCUGGAUUGACGGAUUGAUCUCGGGGCGCCGCCUUUUUUGUGGGGGGCGUCCGCCGCGGCGGCCAUGGAGAGAGGGGCGGGGAGCGAGCAGGGGUCGCCCGAGAGCGAAAUGGGCGACGGCGACAACGACAGCGUCGGCUACGGCGCGGAGAUGGAGGUGGACGCCGGGAGCGGCUCGGCCGGGGCCUCGGCGCCGGCGAGCUCGGCGUCGGCGUCGGCAUCCGCCCCCGCCGCCGCGUCGGCGUACGCCGCGCGCGCCUCCGCCUACGACGGGGUCGACCCGUUCGAGGGCAUCGAGUUCGACGACGAGGAGGACGCCUGGACGUUCUACAACGUGUACGCCCGCCGCGUGGGCUUCAGCACCCGGAUUAGCGUCAUGCACCGGUCGCGGCGGGACGGCUCCGUCAUGUCGCGCCAGUUCGUCUGCGCCAAGGAGGGGUUCCGCACCUACCGCGGGAAGAACGAGGUUGCCCGUGCUGAUGCGGCCGACGCUGGUGAUGAGGAUAGUGCGAGGGGCCGGCGGACGCGGGCUGUCACCAGGGUUGGCUGCAAGGCCAUGAUCCGGGUGAAGAAGCAGGACAACGGCCGGUGGACUGUGACCAAGCUGGAGACUGCUCACAACCAUCCGUUGGUCCCUGCGAACCAGGCACAUUGUCUGCGCCCGCACAAGCCACUGUCGGAGUGUGGGAAGCAGCGGCCAUUUGUGGGGCAUCGAAAUGGUGGUACGCUUCUGUCAAUUGAACCGCCGCAAUCACCUCUUACCCCGUCUGUGCCUCAAACAAGUAUAGCUCAAGUGGUUCCUCAGUAUGUUUCGGAUGGUAUCGGGAAUGGCACUAGAGUGAUUUUGGAUUACGUUAAGCGCAUGCAAGCUGAAGACCCAGCGUUCUUUUAUGCCAUGCAGUUUGUUGAGGGGCGCCCAGUAGGGAAUGUGUUCUGGGCUGAUGCGAGAGCUAGGACGGCAUACAAAGACUUCGGGGACACCAUUGUCUUGGAUGACUACUUCAAAAGGAGCAAGCAUGAAUUUCCACUUGUUGCUUUUACUGGAGUCAAUCACCAUUGCCAACCAGUCCUAUUUGGCUGUGCCAUCAUUGCAGAUAACAAUGAGGCAUCAUUUGUUUGGUUGUUUGAGACAUUUCUCUUAGCAAUGUCUGGUCAACACCCUGCCUCUCUUACCAUGGAGCAUGAUAAUGCUUUACAAUCGGCUGCUGUGAAAGUUUUUCCUCUAACUAGGUUCCAGUUUUGUAAGUGGCACAUCUUCAACGAAGCACAUGAUAAGCUAUCCCAUCUCCUGAAUGUAUUCCCAUCCUUCCACGAGGACUUUAUCAAUUGUAUCAACAUGUCUGAGACAAUAGAUGAGUUCGAAGCAAAUUUGAAGGCAUUAAUCUCUAAGGUCAGCUCUCAAAAUACCGAAUGGCUCAACUCAAUGUACAACUGUCGUCAUAAAUGGGUCCCAGUAUACUUGAGGGAUACAUUCUUUGGGGAUGUGGCAUUAAAGCAGCAGUGUGCAACCAGGAGUUCGUUAUUUGAAGGUUAUAUCAGUGCCAAGACUGAUUCACAGUCAUUCAUUCAACAGUACGAAAAAGCUCUAGACUGUUGUUAUGAGAAGGAGGUGAAAGAAGAAUUUGAAACAAAAUAUUCACCUCCAGAUAUCAAGACAUCAUCUCCUAUAGAGAGGCAAGGAGCAGAGUCAUAUACAAGGUCAAUGUUUUUGAAAUUCCAACAGGAAUUGAUCGAUGCCUCUGUUUACACUGCUGACAUGAUAAAAGAGGAGGGCAGUGUUUCCACUUAUAUAGUGACCAAAUCUGAAGGAAGUGAGAAGCCUGUAACCGUUCAGUUUAGUUCUUCUGGAAGCUCUGCAACAUGUAGCUGUCAGAUGUUUGAAUAUUUUGGUAUUGUCUGUAGGCACAUACUUGCUGUGUUUGGUGUAAGAGGUGUCUCUGCGCUUCCUUCUCAGUAUUUUUUAAAAAGAUGGACUAAGAAUGCCAUGGAUAGAAGCUCAAGCAAGAAAGUUGAUGCAGUUAGCAGAGUUGAGGAGCCCAAGGAGGAGCAAAGUAGUGCUGAAGAUGAUGAGCAGUCCCCAACGUGGCGUUACAACAGUUUGUGUCGUGAAGCGCUACGAUAUGCUGAACAGGGAGCGUCAUCAUUAGAGGUUUAUAUUGUGGCCAUGCAAGCUCUUCAAGAGGCUGCCAACAGGGUUAAUAUGGCCAAGAGAGGUAUUGGACAGGUAGCACCAUUAGCAGUGAUGCCAAUUGCAGCCCAAGCACCAGAAAAUUUUGGAAAAAUUCAGGAGAUUAGUUCUAAUAAUAAUAAGCAAAAGAAGAGAAAAAGGAAUUCAAGCAGCUCAAGGGAGAAUGCUACUUCAAAUCAACUUAUGUAUGUGCAACAACCUGUUAAUUUUCUUUUUGUUGCUUCUGGUUCAUCAAGCGCUUUACAAGGGCCUAGUCAGCUAGUUGCUGCUGCUCCUGUUUCUUUGAGUACCCAAUAUGGACAAACAUCAGGCGCGAAUAAUUCAGUUGAUGACAAUAUACCUCCUGCUUCUGUAGUUGAUAAGUUUUAUGGGUUACCUGACCGAAAUGCAUCAGCAUCAGCACCUUCAUUAGGUAAUCUGCAAGGGGGAGAAACAAAAUCUACAGGGGCUGCUUCACAAAUAAAAGAGAACCAUGAACUAUCCCAAGCUAAUGGUAACAGGGGAUGCAGUGUAAAUACAUUCAACUCCAGUGCUGCGCCACAGCUUGUGACUGUUCCCAUCGGAUUGUGCCUUCCAUCCAUGGAUGGCUCUAAUAUAUCUGCAGCUGGUAAUCCUGGUAUGAACUCUGUAAAUUCUGGAGAUACCAAUAGCAACGGCAAGUUGUCACUUGGUCUUCGUCAACCUGAGUCAUCUGCACAACAGGCAGCUACACCUUCACAGACAAAAACGCCUGAGAGUAUUGAUCCUCGUGCAAAUCUUGAGGGUUCUUCUAUUAGGGCUGCAGCCAUUGCAGCUGGUGCGCGCAUCGCGUCUCCAUCUGAUGCAGCUUCAAUCAUAAAAGCAGCACAGUCAAAAGGUGCCAUCCGAAUCAGGCCUGGUGAAAACCUCCCAAAUUACUUGAAACCACUAGCACCAAAACCGCUCUCCUCGCUACCACCGGUGAACACACCCAACUUGGUGCAUGCAACCCCUGGCCAAUGCAGUUUUGGUGAUUCUGCAGCUGCCAAAAAUGCAAUCUUUGGUUCCUUGGAUGUCAGUGAUGAUGAUGAGUACGAUGACGAUGACGACACUGAUGAUGAAGAUGAGGGGCUGACUGGGGACGAUGCAGAGCAUGAAUGAGAUCUUCUCUCCCUGCACUAACCUCCCCUAAUGGCUUGUGAGGUGCUGAUCUUUAACCACCUCUUCACCAAUGGAAUCACUUAGAGCAUAGCUGUAUACAUGUUUAUAGCCUGUAUUUAAGGUCCCAGCUGUCACCUCCAUGAGCCUAGAAUUCUUCUUUAAUUUCUCUCUCACUUAGCAUGCCUAGAAACCCCCACUUGUUUAACCUAAUCACAGACAUUGAGCUCUCUGAUUUUUUUUUUUGGUUGGCUCCUGGUGAGGUUGGUCAGUCGGUCUGAGGGUCAGUUCACAUGUGUAGCUUGCUAGCUAUGUUAUGUACAGCAUGAGUUGUAUGCUGGUGAACUGCUUUCAACAGUCCAAAAAUUUUGUACCCUUAUUUUUCUCUUCCUGGAAAGAGACUUGUAGACUUGAGCUUACAAAACCCUAUUGCCCA